UUUGGAUCCCGUUCUGAUGGAUUGUUGUUAUGGCUACAAUGCCAUCGUCUCUUUCAAGGGCUCCUUUCUGUCCCCCACCCCCAUGGGCCAGCUGUUGUAUACAGAAAUAUGUGACACUGAAUGAAAUUUUGGAAUUGGCAGGGCUCAUUUUGUUGGUAUCCGAGCUUGAAGAAGAGAGCCUUUACUGCAAAGAGUGCUUGGUGGAAACAGAUGAUGGGCGCUGCUUGAUUACUGCUGGCACAUGUAAGGCUGCUGAAACAUGCAUGACAAUCAUGAUUUACGCAGAAAAAGAGGUGAAAUUCCGUGUCUACGGCUGUUUUGUGUCUGAUCACUAUCACUGUGGGAUGAGAAAGAAGACGGGUGGCCAUACAUUAAAUGUCCGGUGCUGUGCAGGCAGGCAUCUAUGCAACAAAAAAUUCCAUUUCUGAUUGCUGUUUACGGUGUACACCCUUCUUCACUUUGCAAAGUCUGCAGAAUCAGAGCUUCGAAUGCCACUUUUAAAAGCAGGAUUUUUUUUCAUGUUUCUAGAAUUAUCAUU